UUAUAAGGAAGAAAAGCCAGAGGAACGGGAGGAGGGGCCGAGCGCAGGGGCCCGCCAAACAGGGACGUCACGUGACCAUUCCCCUCAGCACCAGAGCUGAGAGAAGAAGCCCUCGAAAAUAAAAGCAGUGCUGGGAGAGCCCUCAAAACGAAAACCAGUGAUAGACUGAUAAGAGACUGAGGGGAAGGGGUUUACAAAAAGUAUAAAAGAACCGGUUUUACUUUAUCGAACUUGCGAGCCGGUGGUGGGGCUUCGGCUCCCCCGCCGCCCAGCGUGCUGCAGCGCGCUGCUUUACUUAUAUCUCUCUCAAUAAAAAGUUUUAAACAUAGAAUCAGCGUUUUUAACACAAGGAUGGACAUGAGCUGUGUCAGGGAAGAAUGGCUUUGCAGAAACUUCAGCAUCCUCCUCCUGGGAGUCCUGGUUCUUCUUUCUUUGCCAUUUAGCCAAUAAUGUGAGGCUCAACAGCAGCCCCAGUGCUGUAUGGAUGGUGUCCUGGAGCAUGGCAGUGUUGACAACUUGCUACCUCUGUGUUCAGGAGGGCUUUUUGGGUUCAGUCCAUGUCAGUUGUGGUCUGUUUGGGCUCCUGACGUCCCACAGAUAAGGAACUGCUCCUUGCUGACGCCUCUUGGGCUUUUUAUCUGUCUAAGUUUUAAUUCCUGCUCCCCCCAUCUCUUUUUCUAUUGGUUUGGGGCUACCGGGGCAUUUUUAUAGAACAAAAUAUUGGUGUGUUUGUGCCUCAAACAGUCUGAUGCAGAAUGUCUUCUCAUUACCCCAACUUCCGAUGCAGUGUGCCGUGGCUCAUCCUUUUUCUGGAAGUUGUUUUCCUUGUCUUUUCUUAUUUUUUAUUCUCAGAGGAUGAUUCAAUCAUCUCCUACCCAGCUUUUCAAGAUGUCAACCACAUGGUGGUUUUGGGAUUUGGCUUUUUCCUGACAUUUCUGAAAAGAUAUGGCUUCAGCAGCACUGGAUUCAACCUCCUGAUCAUUGUACUUGGUGUCCAAUGCUCCAUGCUGAUAGAAGAUGCAUUAUCUUACCUACUGAUGGGGUUCAGGUGGUCUGAAGAUGGUCUGAAAAGAAUAACAAGAGCUACUGUGAGCAUGAUGUCUGUGGUCAUCUCCACUGGAGCUGUUCUUGGAAAGGCUAAUCCUCUGCAAUUAAUUCUGAUGACAGUUGUGGAGAUAAUAUUUUUCCAGCUGAGCAGGCAGAUCAACAGCAUCUUCCUGAUGGUUGCAGAUCAUAUCAGCAUGAUGCAUGUUCACCUCUUUGGAGCCUACUUUGGCCUGGCAGUGUCCUCACGCUUCUCUGAGCCAUCCCCAAGCUCUGAGAAGAGCACAAGUACUCCCAAGUCAGAUUUAUUCUCCAUGUUGGGUACUCUCUUUCUCUGGGUGUUCUGGCCAAGCUUCAAUUCUAUACUAUCUUUUGACUUCAAGUUGCAAGUGAUCUACAACACCUACUUUGCCCUUGCAGUGAGUGCUGUGACUGCCUUCAUCUUGUCUGUCCUGACCACAGAGGAUGGGAAAUUCAGAAUGAGUCAUAUCCACAGUGCUGUGCUAGCUGGUGGGGUCACUCUUAGUUAUGCAGCACAGAGUAUCAAUUAUCCUUGGAUUGCAAUGAUUUUGGGUCUGCUUGCCACUGUGAUAACCAUAUUAGGAUCUUACUGCUUACAGAGAUGUCUGUAUCCUGCUCUCAAGAUUCAUGAUGCAUCUGGAGUUCAUUUCACUUUUGGCUUGCCUGCUGUGCUUGGAGCUCUUGCCCAGGUCCUUCUCACUGUAAUAGGAAGCUGGACUACUUCACCCAACCUUGGUUCUUUUGUGCUGAUUGAACUUGGUGCCAUCUGCCAGACCAUCAGUGUUGCCUUGAUAACAGGUUUUAUUACAGGUUUAAUCUUAAAUCUCAAACUGUUUAAGACUGUCCCUGUAUCCAAGUACUUUGAAGACCAGUUUUAUUGGGAGUUUCCCCACUUGGCUGUUGGAUUUUGAGCAGAGGAACCCAGCUGAGAGAUUUGACCAAGAGAAGCUUUUCCUCUUUGUCAUAAGAGCAAAUGAAUACUACAACUGAAAGGGUUGAAAGAGCACUGAAAACAGAAAUUCUCAGGCUCAAAAAAGCCAUUCCAGUGGGCACACAGAAGUUAAUAAUGAACUGCUCUAGUUCUUUUUUGAAAGACACAAGGGUGUGAAUUUGCAGAUGCAAACUUACAAUGCAUUUUGCUUUUCUGCUUUGGUAGUCUCACCUUAAAUUGUUUUUUAUUUUGUUUUUAGGAUACAAGGAAGUUGGCUGUACUCAUAUGCCUCUCAAUUAAAGUCCUUGGAAGCUUUAAGCUUCCAAGUUUAAGAGCUAAAGUAUGUAUUUUAAAGUAUAAUUUUUCAAGAAGUAGACACUCAUUCUUAUCUAGUGAAGCAUUAAAGUACUUGUUUUUAAGCUAAAUUAAUUCCAUUGAAGGCCUUGUUAAGCAAGGAUUUGGUGAGUGAGCUGGAUUGGAGCCACCACUGAACUCAGUUAUCUGACUGCUGAAAGAAAAAUCUAUAAUUACUUUGCUCAGGCUAUUUGUAAGUUCAGGUGGCAGGAAGUUAAAUUGUUCUGCUGGCAGAUAGUGUCCCUGAAAUCAAUGAUAUUGCUCAUAUUUAAGAUUCAGCAGCAAAGCUGCCCACUUCUGAACUGCCCUAAGCUGAGUUGUUUUGCUUUAAGAGAUGCAGGAGGCUUCUGUGCAAAGCAACCUUUGUUUUUAAACAGAUUGUGAUCCUAUCCAUGGAGUUUCUUUCUUUCAAAAUAGCUGGCAUGGAGAAAAACCCUUUCAAAAAUGCUUACAUAAUAAAAAAGACUCAAAAUGGGAUUGGUUUUGUUUAUUCAGCACAUUCAAAGUAAUGAGGAAAAAUGGAACAUUGAAGCCAAGGUUGUUUGGUGCUGAUC